AUGGAAGUGUACAUGGGAGUAGGUCACGAGGGGGAAGAGGAUGGGUAUGUGGUGUUGAAACGAAAGCGUUUGGUGUUCUACGAGGCUGGCUAUUUUGACGAGGACGGGCAUCAAAAGGAAGAUCUCGUCACGAGUGGCAAGACUCGCAUUCUGUUUCACUCCAUUGUGGAUCACACAAGCACUACUAGUACAAGCCAGGAAUUCCUGCUUUCCAUAACCGAUCGUGAUGGAGCAACCUUUGUGUUUCAAAUGGAAACCCAGGAGGAUUUGCGGAACAUUGAAAACUCCAUUUCCAAGGCAGUUGCCAAGGCAGCAAGAGCCAGUCAGGCUCGUCCAUGUGAACCUCCCAACAUGGCCGUGGCCAUGACGGACGAAUCUCACACCAGCCGUAGUGAAGAUAUGCGACAAGUACGAGAAAUGACCCGACAAAUGGAUCAGCGAGAUCGACAAGCCAAGAAGCAACAACGAUCCAGACAAACUUUUCCUGUGGGAGCCACUUCGGUAUCAGCAUCGUCUACCGUCCAACCUCGAAAAACCACUCGUACUUCCUUUCCGACUGAAAAAUUUCGGCAUUCGGCGGCACCACAACAAAGAACGGCACCCCCUCAUCUUGUCGUGGAACCAGCCAUGCCGCCGCCAGCAGAAAUAGAAGACAAGCCACCUGGGGCCUAUAUGGAUCCUGGGCCUCCGAUUGGAGUACCUCUUCCACAGCAGAGUUCACCACCCAUUAUCGACUAUGAUGAGGAAGAACCGCACAAUAAACAGGAGGAUCCCUUGAUUGAAGCUUCCUUGGUUCCAGAUGACGAGGAAGACCAACGCAAUAAUGAAUUUCAGGAUGAAACUGUGGUGUUGGUACAAGCCCAAAAAGCGGGCCUCUCGGACUAUUUGCAGAACAGAAGCCUCCAAAUAUUUAUUGUGGGUCUCAUUUGUCUUUUUGCCAUUGUCAUUAUUGUCACCGUCGUGGCCAUUGUGUUGGCCACAGGCAAUACCGGAGGUGGAACCAACACACCAGCACCCACUGCUGCCAUAACAACAGCACCUAUUCCUACGGUAAUUCCCGUCCCUACAUUGACCCCCACCACCACCACUCUUCUAAACGUCACCAUUGGCAACUACACGCCCAUUUCCUUGGCACCGACGUCGACGCCACUUGACAUUCCCGCCUUUUUGGACGAGUGCAACUUGACGGCCGUGAUUCCCGUGGACUCGCCGUCAUCACCAUACCAAUCGGCGGGAUGUUUUAAGGAUGUUGAUACACUCGACUCGGAUCAGCUCCUCUGUGGUCCCGACCAGGCACCUCUGGAAUGUAGUCUCCGCUGCCCUUCGCGUUUCUUUGGCAUUCCCAUGGGCACAACCACAUGUCGGUGCUUUUCACAAAUCAAGAGUGACCGCAUCGGUCUGCAAGCGUGUGUUCCAGGUAGUGAUAGCACUAGUAUGGAUCUCUUUGUCAAUCAGUCUCCUCGCAUAACCCAGUGUGACGAUCCAAUGGCGCGAGCCGUGGUCGAAUUUCUAUUGCAGCAAAGAAGCAAUGCCACUUGGGGCUUUGACAUUGUCUCGAACCGAUGGAAAGAAAGUCCCUUUGAGCUGUACGCAGAGGGAUGCCAUACCAAUGUCUACGAUGUGACGGUGCUUGAGGCGGAAGCAGUAACAACGCGGGAAACGUUUGUGAUGGAUGUGAAGAGUUAUGCCACGCAACGACGCGGUGAACGUUCGGUUUCCAUUCUCUAUGACGAAGACACGACGAGUGAAAUCUCUGUCUUGGCAGAAGAAAUGGAGAUUUUGGCCGAACAAGUCAGUGGUGUGGCGGACCCACGGCAAGUCAGUCUAUUCUUCUAUCUGAGUGAUGAGAAUCCCAACAGCAAGUUGUUCACCACGUCGGCUGCGAAACGACUGGCCAAGGUGGAGGUGACAAACUUUUCAGAAAAGACCAAUUUUGUGACAUUCUCGCCCUCUUUUCGGCAGAGUCUUCUCAACUAUCUGAACGGUGGAUUUCAGAAAGAAAUGGCAUUCGAAAUCUUUGAUCGCUAUGGUUCCUUUGCUGUGGUGCGGUCCAUGAUGGGAGCGUUCAUGGAACUCCGUUUACCCCUUGACAGCAUUCAAUACGACAACACAUUUGACAGCAUCGUGCACUCGCAAUCGUGCUUUGAAAUUGCAACACAAGCAGAGGCGAGUAGACUUGGCUUUCCCGACGCCCCAGGGACCAUUGACGACACGACCUGUUCUCCCAAUGUUAUUCGGGCAUUGCAACAGCUACGAUCUGAGUAUCGCGACUUCACGGAAGAGCCGGCAACCGUUGGUGGGAAAACAGAAUGCCAGCUCAAGGCCACCGAAUGUGAUUUCAUUGUGGAUAUCUCAACUUCUCGACCCCUCACUGCAAAUGACAAAUAUCCAUUUGGAGAUUUUGGUGGCUAUCAGCUUCGUCCUCUCAGUGACUUUUUGAGCCCUACCAGAGUCUCUCCCUUGGAGAUUGCCCGAAUGCAAGUCACAGAGGAACGUUUCACCGAGCUCCAGCGAAACCUCAAGGCUCACACAGUCGAAUAUCUGCGAGAAAUGCAAGAGAAAUUGGAAGCUUGUGUCAGUGAGUGCAAGGAGUCUGACUACCCAGCGUAUAUCCAAGAAUUCGGCUCUUGUCCGCCAAGGACAUGCCGGACCACGUCAACAGCACAGCCUACAAUGCUCUUGGCGGGGGCUACUCUCGCCCCUACGCUCCCCCCUGUUUUGCCUCCUAGUACUGCUGACUCUCCAGUGACUGGUGUCCCUGACUUUAUCCCGGCAGGUACCAAUAUUCCAACUACGACAAGUACUUCCCCCCCGUUUUCCCUCCUGGUUCUGGUGGCUCUGGUGGCCCUGGUGGCCCUGGUGCUGGCCCUGGUACUGCCAACUCCCCUCUGGAUACCAAUGUUCCAACCAUGGAAAGUUCUGCACUGCUUGGCACCGAUAUGCCUACUGUUACUCCUCCAGGUUGCAAUGGCGUACCGCAUGAGACCCUUUGGAACCUGA